AUGGCUCCACCGCAAAAAUUUGCCUCCACAUGUUUAUUUUUCUUACUAUGCUUAAGCUUCAGUUUUGCUCACAGACUUCUCUUGAAUGGUAAACUGAAAGUUGAUAGUGUUGUUGUCAUCAAUAGCGAGAAAGAAAAGUUGGAUAACGACAAGGCCGUCGGAGUUGGGUACGGAGCUGGAACUGGGUCCGGUUCUGGUGGUACUGGAUUUGGUUCAGGAACCGCCACCGGUACAGGUAUGGGUUUUGGAAGUAGGACUGGUUUCGGUACUGCAACAGGGUUCGGAUCAGGAACUGGCACUGGUAGUGGAAAUGGUUGGGGAAGUGGCAUUGGGAUGGGUACAGAUACUGGUUGGGUGAGUGGAAAUGGAGUCGGCGCAGGCUUUCGCGCACGCGCCGGUUAUGGUACUGUUACAGGGUUCGGAACAAAUUUUGGGUUAGGGACUGGUACUGGGACUUUAACUGGUUGGGCAAGUGGAGCUGGAGCCGGUGCAGGUUUCCGAGCAUAUGCCAGUUAUAGUACUGGUACUGGUAUUAGUACUGACUGCCCACGUCAAAAUAAUUGUACCCCUAACCAAGCCCCUUGCUCUCGGGGCUCCCGUUGCAUUCCUUGCCAAAUUGAGCGAGUUGAGGACUCAGCAGUCCAACCAGGUGGUGAGUCCAAGCCUCCUUACUCGAACCAUGCGAAGAAGCCAGCUUCGCCAAAAAUGGCUCCACCGCAACAAUUUGCCUCCACGUUUUCAUUCUUCUUACUAUGCUUAAGCUUCAGUUUCGCUCAUAGACUUCUCUUGAAUGAUAAACUGAAAGUUGAUAGCGUUGGUGUCGUAAUCGAGAAGGCGGUUGGAGUUGGGUACGGAUCUGGAACUGGGUUCGGUUCUGGUGCUGCGGGAUUUGGUUCAGGAAUGGGCACUGGUACAGGUACAGGUACGGGUUUUGGUACUGGGACUGGUAUUGGUACCGGUACAGGUUUCGGAUCAGGGACUGGUACUGGUACUUUCACUGGGUUUGGCAGUGGCACAGGUACUGGUUAUGCUACUGGUACUGGUUGGGGAAGUGGAACGGGAAUGGGCACAGGCACGGGUUUUGGUACUGGGACUGGUGUUGGUACAGGAACAGGUUUCGGAUCUGGGACUGGUGUUGGUACCGGAACAGGUUUCGGAUCAGGGACUGGUAUUGGUACUUUCACUGGGUUCGGAAGUGGCACAGGUACUGGUUAUGCUACUGGUACUGGUUGGGGAAGUGGAACGGGAACUGGCACAGGUACCGGUUAUGGUACUGGUACAGGGUAUGCAAGUGGUAGUGGUGCAGGUGCUGGUGCCGGUAUUAAGACUGGCUGCCCACGUCAAAAUAAAACUGUAUCCCAGGCCAAACCCCCUGCUCUCAUGGCUCCCAUUGCAUUCCUUUCCAAAUUGAGCGAGUGGAUGAGUCAGCAGCCCAACCAGCCGGUGAGCCCAAUCGGUAGAUGA